AUGAUGUCUUCCAAGCUGAUUGUCCGACGUGGUGCCUCACUGAUGGCCCGCACCCACCAACCCAAGGCUACCACUACUACUUCUCGAGCCAUGUCGUCGGCGGUCCGUACGACGACUAGCCGACAACUUCCCUUGGUAUUGGCGGGUGCCACGGCUUCCACCGUGUUGGCGUUUACUUGUUUGCAGCAGCAGAACCAAAAGACCUUUUGCAAUGCAGGUCUUCCCGUCAUUUCCGUGGGAGACUCUGUCACGGAACCCGACACGGGAAUCCUGUUUCCUCCCAUGGUCAAUGGAUUUACAUUCAUGGGCUGUGGGGUCCGCAUAAAGUACGUCUUUGUCAAGGUCUAUGCCGUGGGAGCCUACUUUCGGCCGGAAAACUUUCUUGGCAUGCCCAAGGACGAUAAAGCCAUUGAAACCGCACUCUUGGAUCCCAACAAUCAUCGAACCAUUCGCAUCGUCAUGAAUCGAAGCAUGACCAUGGACAAAUACAACGAUGCCAUUGUAGAGUCCCUCAAGCCUCGUAUGAAUGGACAAGAUCUGGACACGCUGGAUGAAUUCAAAAAGCUCAAUCCCAGCGGAAACCUGGAAAAGGGAUCGGAAUUGAUCAUGACCAUUCGUGGUGAUACACUCCUCUACAAGAAUGCCAUGGGAAAUGCUGUCAUGGAUGCCAUCAAAAAACUCUAG